AAACAGUAAACACUGCUUUACAUGGGAAGGGGAACCCUGGAGACGCGUGUGUAGAGGAAAAUACAUACACAAUGUUUUGCCUACAUGGAAAGAGUCAAGGUUGACGUUGUAACCAAAGCGGAAUUAUAAGCAAACUUUUGAUUCAGAGGAACUGAAAUAUUCCACUCUCUAUCCUUCCUGGAUCCCAUCAUGAGUUACAGGAAGAUGGACAAGCAUGGAAGUCCUCAGUAUUGCCGUCAUUUUCUGACUGACAACAGCAUCUUCCACGUUGAGCGAUGCAUGAGUGUGAUGCAGUCGGGGACUCAGAUGGUGAAGCUGAAGAACGGCUCCAAAGGUCUGGUCCGGCUCUUCUAUUUGGAUGAACACCGUUCCUGCAUCCGCUGGAGACCGUCUCGCAAGAGCGAGAAAGCCAAGAUCACCAUCGACUCACUCUACAAGGUCACAGAAGGUCGACAGUCCGACAUCUUCCAUCGCCAUGCAGAAGGGAGCUUUGAUCCGAGCUGUUGUUUCACUAUUUACCACGGCAAUCACAUGGAAUCUCUGGACUUGGUGACCUCAAACUCAGAGGAGGCGCGGACAUGGGUGACCGGACUCAGAUAUCUGAUGGCCGGGAUCAGUGAUGAAGAUUCGCUAGCCAAGAGACAACGCACACAUGAUCAGUGGAUGAAGCAGACCUUUGAGGAGGCUGAUAAGAAUGGAGACGGUCUUCUGAACAUCGAGGAGAUCUACCAGCUUUUACACAAGAUGAACGUCAACUUGCCUCGCAGGAAAGUCAAACAAAUGUUCCAGGAAGCAGACACUGAUGACCAGCAGGGCACACUGACGUUUGAGGAGUUCACUGUCUUCUAUAAGAUGAUGUCAUUAAGGCGGGACCUCUUCCUGCUGCUCAUGUGCUUCAGUGAGAAGAAGGAUCACCUGACCGCAGAGGAACUCGGCAACUUUCUGCGUGUGGAGCAAAAGAUGUCCAAUGUGACUCCUGAGUACUGUCUGGACAUAAUCAAUAAGUUUGAAGUAUCUGAGGAGAACAAGCAGAAUGGAGUUCUUGGAAUCGAAGGGUUCACAAACUACAUGCGGAGCCCCGUCUGUGAUGUGUUCAACCCUCAGCACAACGAGGUCAAUCAGGACAUGGAUCAGCCUCUGUGUAACUACUUCAUAGCCUCUUCCCACAACACCUAUCUGACCGGAGACCAGCUGCUGUCCCACUCCAAGACGGACAUGUAUGCGUGGGUCCUGCAGGCCGGCUGCCGCUGUGUGGAGGUGGACUGUUGGGACGGUCCAGACGGGGAGCCAAUGGUUCAACACGGUUACACUCUGACCUCCAAGAUCACCUUUAAAUCCGUCAUUGAGACCAUCAACAAAUACGCCUUUGUGAACAAUGAGUUCCCCGUCAUCCUGUCCAUAGAGAAUCACUGCAGCAUUCAGCAGCAGAAGAAGAUCGCUCAGCACCUAAAAGAGAUCUUCGGAGACAAGCUGGAUGUGGGGGAGGCCCUGAACAAAGACCCCAAGCAGAUCCCUAGCCCGAACAGCCUCAAAGGAAAGAUACUCUUAAAGGGGAAACGUCUUCCUCCGUACCUGUCUGCAGAUGCUGAAGAGGGUGAGGUGUCUGACGAUGACAGUGCUGAUGAGAUUGAAGAUGACUUCAAGCUGAAGAAUAGCAUGUCUAACGGGCCCAGUCAGCACCAGGUGGAGUCCCACAUCAGGAAGAAGCUUGACUCUCUGAUGAAAGAGUCUCAGAUCGGGGACAAAGAGGACACAGACAGUUUCUCUAUCCGAGCGCUGCUCCGUGCCACCCAUGAGGGCCUCCAAAGAAACCUACGCAAGAAUUCCAAAGAUGGCAUGAAGAAAUCCCAGAGCCGCUCCUUCAUCAGCAACCUCAAGCACAAGAGACACUCCAAGUCAAGGCUGAAAUGUCAGAGCGUUGAAACAGAUGAUGACGGGCAGCAGGAACCAUCAGGUGGACAAUUCAACAGAGGUGGAAGGAGAAGGAAAACGAUAAAGCUGAGCAGAGAUCUAUCAGAUCUGGUGCUCUUCACCAACUCUGUGGCCUCUCAGGAGUGUUUAGACGAGGGAUCGCCCUUUAAUGUUCUGUCGUUUAGCGAGACACGAGCUCAGCACCUGGUGCACCAUCGAUCUGAGCGCUUCCUGACUUUUAACCAACAACAGCUCUCUCGGAUCUAUCCCUCUGCCUACCGGAUCGACUCCAGCAAUUUUAACCCACAGACGUACUGGAAUGUUGGUUGCCAACUAGUGGCUUUAAACUACCAGACGGAGGGUCGUAUGAUGCAGCUGAACAGAGCCAAGUUCAUGGUGAAUGGAGGCAGUGGCUAUGUGCUCAAACCUGGCCCCAUGUGUAAAGGCUCCUUUAACCCACUGAAUGAUGAUCCGCUCCCUGCAAAUCCUAAGAAACAGCUGGUGAUAAAAAUCAUUAGUGGACAGCAGCUGCCCAAACCUCCGGAUUCAAUGCUGGGAGACCGUGGCGAGAUCAUUGAUCCUUUCGUUGAGGUGGAGAUUAUUGGUCUUCCGGCUGAUUGCUGUAAAGAACAGACCAGGGUUGUGGAUGAUAAUGGAUUUAACCCUGUGUGGGAAGAGACCCUGUCCUUCACACUUCACAUGCCUGAGAUGGCUCUUGUGCGUUUCCUGGUCUGGGAUCACGACCCCAUUGGACGGGACUUUGUGGGCCAGAGAACCGUGGCUUUCAGCAGUCUCAUGCCAGGAUAUAGACACGUUUAUUUGGAGGGAAUGACAGAGGCAUCCAUUUUUGUCCAUAUCACAGUGCAUGACAUCUAUGGGAAGUGGAGUCCUUUAGUCCUCAACCCAAGCUAUACCAUAAUGCACUUGCUAGGAGCUAAUAAGGGUCGUCAGCUGCGGGGUUUCAGAGGCUUAUUUAAUAAAAGUUCCAAGUCCUCAGUGGACACAAAUAUCGGAGUUCCACCUCGUAAACGAUCUAUAACCGACCAUCUCCUUCGGAGGACUGCCAGCGCCCCUGCCAAGGGCCGCAAAAAGACCAAGAUGGCAUUGGCUGAAGCUGCAUAUGACAGAAAGCACAGCACUGGGGAGUCUCAACCCACUCAUGUAGAGAGGAGAGCGGGGAACAGAAAAGCCCUCCAACACCGCCCGGCAUCCAUGCCCCUGGAUAAGAUCCUACAAAGUCACCUCAACCUGUCCACCCCAGAUAGGGAGGGGCCUGAUCCUGGAGCUGACACAAUCAUUGUAGAAAACUGAAUAGGAAAACCUCUGCAGAUUCCUUCCUCCUUGAGAAACCCAGAUCCAUCUCAGUGGAUCUUCUCUUUGAAAUGUCUGCCUUCAAAGAACCUGAUGUACAACACAUUUCAGUCUGUAACACUGAGCUCAAAGAUACAAAAGAAACUCCUUACCUGGUCAUUGUGGG